AUGCGGUCAGGCUUCCACAAACCUGGUGCCAUCUCCUUUCUCGCUCUUCUUGUUUUCUCAUUGCUCAGCUUGGUGUCCUUGGCAAAGGAGUGGGACUUGUAUAAUCUGCGCUUCGGGUAUAUUGGUUACCAUCAUAACGAUGUUCGGCAACCUUCCCGUGUUAGAGAUGGUCCAGUCGACGUCCGGUCGAGAAUACGGACGACUGGCAGUCAGUGUAAGUCGUGGGCGAUAAAUGGUUACUGCCUGUCAGACCUGGACCGUGUCCAUCGCCCGCGGCGCUCCGUGCCAGACACCCCACACAGCUCGUUCGAGGCUGCUACUGUCUUUGACACCGAUUCGAUAGUAUACUUUACCGAAGAACCAUCAACUUUCGCGCGAGGUGUACUCGCCUUCAAAUCGCUUUUCAUGAAACAGACGGGUGACAGCCAAAUAUCUAUCUCGCUUGCCACAGGGGCCGCCUCUUCUGUGGCCUCAGCACCUAGCUCUCUCACCUCGAAUGUAUCCAACUUAGCUGUUAUCAGCGCCUCUCCUACCACUGAAGCACCCCUUCCCAAGUCGUACGGCAGCAAUGUCACGGCAACGGCGCGAGAAGUUCAUUCACAAAGCCCCCAGUACCCUCGUUCUCAUCUACGUGAAUUAUUGCAGCAGGCCUGCCAUGCUACGAGGGUCUAUCUCGAGAACUGGACUGUUCCGCAUACUUUCUCAAGAGAACGACUACCGCCCGGUUCUGAAGAGACCACCGAAGGGAAAUUGCAAUUGUCGGAACAGACUGAUCAACACAUUGAAGAAAAGGUUGCACCCAAGGUGCUCCCAUCGAAUGGCAGCAAUGCCGCAUGUUCGACCUCGUCGCCCACAUCUCCGCUAUCGCCUGCUAAGCCAACUGAUAUCCCUGAUUUGCCCGUAGGAGCUGAAGAGCGGCCUAAGGGCGUUGGACAUGGACCGAAUUCACAGCCUGCACGCGGUAGUUGCAUGGCUAUUGUCAUAGGCCUAGUUGUCGGUGUCAUGUGGUUCUGA